CCCCAUGAGAAAAGUUACUACCAAAACAAACAAGCCACUGGCGCAACAAUUUUAAUUCUUAUAACCAUGUUGUUCAUCGCAACAUCCGCAACAACAUCCAUCCCUAUAUCAUCGUCUUCCUCCCCUUCAUCUUCUUCUAUGAUACGAUUUCAAAAACCUCUUUCGCAAUUACGUCGCUCUAUUAAAUACCAUUAUCCUCUUAUUUCUCCUAAACAUCUUACUAAAUCCCUACCUUGUCCUCUCUGGUCUUCUUCUUUCUCUUUCUGUCUUCAACAACUCCACACAUCAUCACCAUCUUCCUUAUCUCGUUCAUCUUUUUCCGCUGCUGCUCCUUUCUGUACUUUUUCUCCAUUAAUGGCUUAUCAGAAUCCAUCCCCAGUGGUUUCUUCUCCACAGGAAGAAGUUGUUGAAUUGAAAGAUAAUCCGUUGUUGAAAGAUUUUGAUUUCCCUCCGUUUGAUGUUGUUGAAGCUAAACAUGUUCGUCCUGCGAUUAGAGCUAUAUUGAGUGACCUUGAGAAUGAAUUGGUUGAAUUAGAGAAAUCAGUAGAACCAACAUGGCCGAAAUUAGUAGAUCCAUUGGAGAAGCUUGUAGAUCGAUUACAAGUAGUUUGGGGAGUUGUGAAUCAUCUUAAGUCUGUCAAGGAUUCAGCUGAUCUCCGUUCUGCUAUUGAGGAAGUUCAGCCAGAGAAAGUUAAAUUUAAUCUUAGGUUGGGACAGAGCAAACCUAUUUAUAAUGCAUUCAAAGCCAUUCGAGAGUCCUCGGACUGGAAUACACUGAGUGAUGCUCGUAAACGUAUUGUUGAAGGCCAAUUAAAGGAGGCUGUUCUUAAUGGUGUGUCGCUGGAAGAUGAUAAAAGGGAACAGUUUAAUAAAGUGCAACAGGAGUUAGAAAAGUUAUCCCAGAAGUUUGAGGAAAACGUUUUGGAUGCCACAAAAAAGUUUGAAAAGUUAAUUACUGAUAAGAAGGAAAUUGACGGAUUGCCUGCUUCAGCUCUUGGUCUAGCUGCACAAACAGCAGCAUCCAAGGGGCAUGAAAAAGCUACUGCUGAAGAGGGACCAUGGAUGAUAACACUGGAUGCUCCAAGCUUUCUUCCUGUUAUGCAACAUUCACGCAACCGUUCAUUGCGAGAGGAAGUCUAUCGAGCCUAUGUAACACGUGCAUCUAGUGGAGAUCUGGACAAUUCCCCAAUUAUUGACCAAAUUUUAAAGCUUAGGUUGGAGAAGGCUAAACUUCUUGGUUACAACAACUAUGCUGAGGUUAGCAUGGCAAUGAAAAUGGCUACCGUUGAAAAAGCAGAGGAACUCCUUGAAAAGCUUCGAACUGCUUCUUGGGAUGCUGCAGUUCAAGAUAUGGAAGACCUUCGAAAGUUCUCACAAGAGCAGGGUGCUGUAGAAGCCAGUGAUUUAAGUCACUGGGACCUCAGCUUCUGGAGUGAGAGACUGCGUGAGUCAAAGUAUGACAUAAACGAGGAGGAGUUGCGCCCUUAUUUUUCAUUGCCAAAGGUCAUGGAUGGUCUUUUCAGCCUCGCAAAGACACUGUUUGACAUUGAUGUUGAGGCAGCUGAUGGCUUAGCCCCGGUCUGGAACAAUGAUGUCAGAUUCUACCGGAUCAAAGAUUCCUUAGGUAAUCCCAUUGCAUAUUUCUAUUUUGAUCCAUAUUCCCGUCCCUCUGAAAAACGUGGAGGGGCAUGGAUGGACGAGGUUGUUGCGCGAAGUCGUGCUCUUGCACGCAAUGGUGCCUCCGCUAGAUUGCCUGUUGCUCAUAUGGUGUGCAAUCAAUCACCCCCGGUUGGGGAUAAGCCAAGCCUUAUGACCUUCCGAGAGGUUGAGACUGUAUUUCAUGAGUUUGGUCAUGCGCUCCAGCACAUGCUCACUAAGGAAGACGAGGGUCUGGUUUCUGGUAUUCGGGGGAUAGAAUGGGAUGCUGUUGAAUUGCCUUCUCAGUUCAUGGAGAAUUGGUGUUACCAAAGGGAUACGCUGAUGAGCCUUGCAAAACACUAUGAAACUGGAGAGACACUCCCAGAAGAAGUUUACUUGAAACUUCUUGCAGCAAGGACUUUCCGUGCAGGGACACAGAGCCUUCGCCAGAUAAAAUUUGCCAGUACAGAUUUGGAGCUUCAUGGAAGUUACAUUCCUGGUGGGUCAGAAUCUAUCUUUGAUAUUGAUCGAAGAGUGAGCAAGAAAACUUCAGUUAUUGCACCAUUGCCAGAGGAUAGGUUCCUUUGCGGUUUUAGCCACAUCUUUGCAGGUGGAUAUGCAGCAGGAUACUACAGUUACAAGUGGGCAGAGGUGUUAUCAGCUGAUGCCUUUUCAGCAUUUGAGGAUGCUGGAUUGGACAAUGAAAAGGCUGUCAAAGAGACUGGGCGCAAGUUCCGUGAAACAGUUCUUGCUCUUGGAGGCGGAAAACCACCACUUGACGUUUUUGUUCAGUUCCGAGGACGUGAACCUUCUCCAGAGGCACUUCUCAGGCACAAUGGCUUAUUAGCAGCUACUGCGCCUGCUUAGUUUGGCAUCUCCCCUCAAUUUCUCCUUUUCAGGAUAUACUCAAGAUUCGGAUUUGUUAGAAACUUUUUUUAGCUACUUUUUUCCCAACAAAAAUCUAUUAUUGUUUUCUAUUUUCUAGGCUUCAGGUUACUCUGGUGUAUAGGAAUAUUCAAUAAUUUUACAGAAUGAAAAGGGGGAAAUAUGAAAAGCAAAAAAAAUGUUUUUCAAAUUGCUGCUAGUUCUACAAAUCCUUGAUGCCAUGAAGCAGUCAGGUUAGUUGGCUGAAAUAUGAAUUCCUCUUUCUU